AUGAAUGAGAAUGAAAAGCUACCCUUUUUGCGGGUCAUAUCUUAUUACUUCCUAAAUGAGCAACAUGAUAAGGGCAUCAGACAAACGGAGAAUGUGUACGAAAAGGAAAUUAAGGAGAUGAAGGAUAUGAACGGGAUGAACGGGCUGGAUAGCUCCAACGCCAUUGCUCAGAUGGAGGAGGACAGGGAGAACGAGCAGGAAAGGGAGAGAGAAAAAGUGAAGGAAAAAGAGAAGGAAAAGGUGAAGGAAAAGGUGAAGGAAUCCCCCUCCAGCGACCAUAAGGAAAAAAAACUCACGAAGAAAAACAAUUUUAUGAAAAUUUUUAAAAAGAAGAAGAAAAAAUCGGAAGAAGUGGAAGAGACAUUUUCGAAAAUAUACGACUCAAAUUGUGUUCUCUCGAAUCCGAAUAACGUAGACGAAGAAAAGUACUACCUCUCCUUCAGUGAACUAAACAGAUGCGACGACAUGUCCGAUAAAAUCGUGGAGGAACGUAGCCCAAGGGAUACCAAACAUAGGGACAAACUUACGGAAAAGCAGAAAAGUGGAGAAAAUUUCAAUGAGGAGGGCGAUGCGGAGGACAGAAAUUACAACUUUGAACCACAUGAAGAUUUAAAAAAAGAAAUCGAAAAAAUAAAAAUAGAUAUAGACAAAAUUAAGAAAAAGGGAAAUGUAAAAAGAAUAUAUGAUGAUUUGAAAUAUAUACUCCUUUUCCAAAAUGAAAUAAUUGACAUACUCAUAGAAGACAUACGGAAGAAUAAAUUAAGGACAAAGUACGACUUGCUAGAGGACAGCACCGUGAAGGAUGAUGUAAAUAAAAUUAUUUUAAAUCAUAUAACAUUGGAUCUUUUAAAAUUUAAAUACAUCAACACAAAAUUGAAGGAGCUAAUUCUCUGUGUAUAUGACACGAAGAAAUUUAACGCCUUGAUAAGAAAAAUAGUAUACAACAAAUUGGAUGAAAUGAAAAAAAUUGUGGAUAAAAAUGGAGAGCUAACUUUUGCAAAAACUAUGUUGAGCUUUCUAUACAAGCAGCUUAAGUACUGUCUAGAGGAAGAGGUACAGUCCUACUAUGACCAAGUGAAAAAUGUGAACGACGAUAUUCAUAACUUGAAAAAAAAUAUUGUUCACAUCAUUUUUGAGGCCAUAAAUGACGUGAGCUCAUUGCCACAUCCAAGUGAGAUAUACCACACGAAUGAGAAGAACGCCAAGUAUGAAUCGGAGCUGAGGAAGAAGCAGAUCAUGUGUCCAGAAUAUCAGAAGGACUUGAAUAGCUUUUUCUCCCUAUACGAUAGUGUGCAUCUCGAGAGAGGAAGCACCCAUCAGCAGGGGGUAAACCAAAACAAGUUUAAAAAUUUCUGUGUUUUAGGCAGCGAGAGGAAUAAUAAUAAUAUGCCUCUCCCCCAAAUGAUGAAUAAGAAUGUAACAUUUGGUGAUCAUACCGGUGGGGGUGUGAACAAAACAUACUUGAUAAAUUCCGGACAGUUGCUAAACUAUCCACCGUCUACCACCAUUUUGAAUCAUUCAUAUGUGGUUGGAGAUGUGCCCCGGAGGAACGGCUCCAAUUUUAGAACCCACAAAUUCGUUUCGCACACCGCGCCCAUAGAUGUGAGUUAUUCAACGAAGGGAACUCAGCAGCCUUGUUCUUAUGUGUCUAAUUUGAAGGCAACAAAGGGGGGCACCUACUCGGACGACUUGAACAGUUAUUAUGGUGAGGCCACUUCUGCAGUGCUUAGGAAUGAACAUCACGCAAAUGGGAUUCGCUAUAUUUAUGGAAAGAGUGAUGGUCACAGAAUGCAAAGCAGCAGUAAUCGUCUAAUGAGGGGCGUUGCUAAGGAAUGCACCUUAUUCUGCAAUGGACUAGAUAAAAUGAGAAGCUUGGGUAACUUUACGGAGCACACGAAUGAUCACCCCGUGGUGGGGAACAACCCCUAUGCGCAGUAUCAAGUUGGAUGUGAUGAUCUUCGCAGGGGAGAUGUAUUCCUUGUGGAGAAAAUGAACUGCAGCCCGCGGAUUACGCAACCCGUGGGAUGGAACAGUCAUGCUGGUGGGUUCACAGUACCUUAUCGUGUGGAUGCGCAGAAUGGUGAUCUGAUCGAAAGGGGGCGCAUAGACCCUCUGCGGAGUGUUUACCUGGGCAGUGGGCAUGAUAGGAACAACCCUGUAUGCGCCCCUUCCAUGGGAGCUACCUCCCCCACGGUCCAUACCGCCAUUCAUUAUGCAGACCCGAGUGGUGGGGCAGACCAGGCGAGGAACCCAAUGGAGUACACCGGAUUCGAAAUAAUAUCCAGCAAGGAAGAUAUAAAAAAGCUGGAGGCCUUUCUAAACGACAAAUGGGGAAGUUUUAGGCUGUUUGAAAAGUGGAUGAAGGAUUGCUCCAAGUGGCAAUGGAUAGAUUUGAAGCUUCAGAGGGAGUACAUAAGUAGCAAUGUUGAUUUGGAGAAGCUGAAGGAAGAAAAAAAAAAAUACUUGGAGAAAUGUAUAAACAAGAAAAUAAAGGAAUUGUGGUGCGGACGCAUGAAAGGUCUAAUGAAUUUGAAGCUGUGCGACAUGGAAAAAAAACUUGCAAAAAAUUUUACUUCAAAUAAUGUCAUUAGUAAAAAUAUUUAUGAAGUUAUAUUGGAUUACGAGAGGAGCUCUAUGUGCUACCAAGAUUUGUAUUCAAGGAUAUUAAGUGCACAGGGGGACAACAAAAAGAUGAGCUCACUAUUUAAAAAGUACAACGUGUUUAGAGAAAAAAACAGUGAUGAUGAAGAGGCCAACUUUACCCACGGGGAGGGGAAAAAGAACUCCAUUACCAACACGGAGGGUACUAAAGAUGCACAUAAAAAAAAGGGCUAUGUGCAGUCCUUGAUUUACAGCUUUAAUAAGAAGUCGCACAAGCAGAGUAGUGCUAAAAACGGCUCUCAUCUGAAGAAGGAAAAUGAGCAGUCGAACCAGAAGAAGGGGGGCACCACUUCGGUGAAGGAAUCGCCUAAUUCGAAGGAGCACACCUUCGCGGAAAAUGGAGACAACGCGAACAAGGGGGACGCAACUGUGAAGACGAAUGCGCAUACUAGUGAGAAGACGAAUGCGCAUACCAGUGUGAAGACAAAUGCGCAUACCAGUGUGAAGACAAAUGCGCAUAGUAAUGAGAAGAAGGACAAGGAUAAGGACAACAUCGGGGAAGAGGUCCGUAGUAACCACCCCGAUAGGGUAAACAACUCCUACAUUUACAACGAUUCGUAUCUGCAUACUGACUCGCGAGUUAGGAGCGGCUCCCAUAUAGGAUGCGAGUCGCGUAGUGGAAGAAGCCCCUCUGAGCGGAAGAGCGAGUCCCACGGCAGCAGCAGUUCCAGCUCGUGUGUACGCAUAGGACGGUCAAGCAUAAAGAAAAAAGAAAACAACGGCUCCUUCUUCGACAGCUUCUUUUUCUUCAAAAGUGAAGUCAACAAAAAGAGCUCCGGGAGCAAGUCGGGUAGCUCCGAAUCAGCGGCCAAGUCCAAAUCCAAAUCCAAGUCGAAUAGCUCACAAAAUGAAGAUGACUACCCCAUGGAGUAUUCCAAAAUUGUGGAGUCAAGUAAAUAUAACAAAAAGAAAAAGAAAAAAAAGAACAAAAAGAGUAACAUGAGUACCUUUAAAAAGAUUUUUUAUCUGAACAGGAAAAAAAAAAGCAAGGAGAAGUCCUCCGACAGCGAUGAAUCUUCGUCCGACUCAUCCGCAAAGGGGGAGAAAAAGGAGAAAAAGGAGAAACGCGCAAAGGGUAAGGAAGACGCCACCAGGGGGGAGAAAAAAGAUCAUGCGAGGAAGUCAACACGGAAAAAGGGCAGCGUAAAAAAGGGAAGCCUAGACCAAAGUCACAUCGCUUCGGACCGUCAGUCUUCCUCUGAUGAGGAAGAGUACAAAUAUGAAGGAGAAUUCGAAUACGAAAUUUUAGAAAAGGAAGUGGGGGACCAUCUACACUUGGAAAAGGGAAAGGAAAAAAUCGUGUCCAUUGAAGAACUACACAAGGAACAGAGUUGUGAUCUGUUGGCCAAGUCGAAUGUUAGCGAUGGUGUGGGCGCGAGGAAAAGUCUCAACAGGGUGAAGGAUGCAGGGAAGGAAGAAUCCAAGCAGGAGAAGCAGCAGGAGAAGCAGCAUGAAAAACAGCAGGAAAAGCAGCAGGGGAAGCAAGGAGAUAACCACCCAGGGAAGCAAGAAAGCAAAGGAGCAGGUGCGCAGGAAGGGAAAAACGAACCCACAAAAAAUGGAAGAGCUAAGGGAGCAGAACCCUUAUUGGUGAGCCAAAUUAACGAUCACAUGGAAGAAAGCACACGUCGUGUGUCAUACACCAAAGCGAGUGAGCUAAAUAAGGUACACUCAUUUGUGGAGGGCCACUCGAUCAGUUUAGGAAAAAAUUCCAAGCAAACGUCCAGCGUGGUAAAUAAAAAGGCGAGUUCUUUUGUGGACGAUGGGUCAGGCGCACUGGGGGAACACAAAAGGAAGAGCAUCCGUUACGGUGAAGGUAACGUGAAUGCUCAGAAUGUAGCAGAAGGGGUAGACGCAAAAGUGGCAGACGAAAUCGGACCGGAUGACCAAACGGCGGGGGGAGAAAAAUCACGGAAUAAUAACACCCACGAGGGGGAACCCCGAAAUGGAAGCAAAAAAAAUAACUCCAUUACCCACUCGGACAUUUCGUACUACUCACAUGAUGAAGAAGAAGAGGAGGUAGACUCAGGGGGAAAGAAAUACGACAAUUUCUCAAGCCUAGGUUCCAUAAAAAAAGGAAAUAAAAAAAAUAAAUUUAAUAAAUUCUUUAAGAACUUGGGAAAAUUUAGCUUCAAGCCAUCGAAAAAGAAGUCCAAAAAUAUGUCCACCCUCAGAAGUGAAAUCAUUUUGAAGAGUGCACCCAGUGUUGGUUCCAACGAAAAUAAUGAUGAACAUAUGGAUGAAGAAAUAUUAGAGAAGGAUCACGAAGGGGUGAGGUCCAAAGGAAUGAGUGCACAUGGGAAAAUGUAUAUUUCGAAGAGCUUCUUGCUAAGUAGUGAAGUCAGUAAUAAAAGCGGGGAGGGUAUCGCCAAACGAAAAAUGAGCAACCAAGUGGACAAGUUAUAUUCCUAUAUAAACAAACUGAAGGAGAAAAAAAAGAGCUCCAUCGAAACGGAGGUAAACUUGAAUGAUGAGAGGGAGAACGAUGAGAGGAAGAAUGAUGAGAGGGCGAAUGGUGAGAGGGCGAAUGAUGCAGCGGAGGAGGAACAACAGCAGAGAAACGGAGAGAGGAAGUCAAGUGGGAGGGCAAUUCCCCCCAUGCGUAUUAUCAGUCGCAUCGAAACUGCAAACAGUAUGAGUGUGUCCAAUGAAAAUAUCACGAAGGAGGUAAAAAAAAACGAGUCGGGAGUAAACCCUUUGAUGAAGAGACCAUACAGCAGUGGCAACAUAAACGGGGGGGAUAAUUAUUUGGGUGAACAUCUUCUUGAUAUGAGCAGCCCUAGGGGACAGAAAAAGUCGCCGCGCUUUGGCUACAGCAUGUCUAAUCAGGAGAUCUCAGAAGGAAGCUGCAAUUCGGGCGAUAGCGCCUCAGGUGGGAAUAUCACAUAUGAGGGUAGUUCAGGGAAAGGGGGUGGAGAAGCCACAGCGGAAAAGAAACACCGAAGUGGAAAAAUUGACAAGGGGAGAAAAGUUGGGGGUGCAAAGAGGAAGGAAAGGAAAAAGGACAAAGGGGAGAAGCUGGAAUCGCGAAGUUCGCUGGAAUCGCGAAAUUCGAUGGACUCGGAAAAUUCGAUGGACUCGGAAAAUUCGAUGGACUCGCGGAAUGCGCGGCGUGGAGUGAAAACGCCCAGCUUGUCGUUUUCCUCAGACAACCUAAGCAAUUACGUGAAGAGCAAGUACCACGUUAAGGAGAACGCAGAAAUCCACAGAGAGGUGAUGAGCUCCGUAAGUGCCAUGGACAGGAAGCUGGGCGACAGCAUGUACAGUAGCUUAUACCUCGAAGAAAGUGACCAGAAAUUUAAGCAAAAUAUUUCGAAAAAAUUUUUAAGCAAAAAGAAAAGCUCAAGAAGUUCAAGAAGUGAAAGGUAUUUCAAAAAGGGGAGUCGAAAGAGGGACGAUAAUUCUUCAAACUCUUUGGACAUUGUUAGGUUAUCAAGUUUUAAGUCAAAGUCAGAUGUGAAGCUCUCGUGUAGUAACGGCAAGGGCAGUUCUUUCUCGUUGUCCGAUUCGAAGGAGAAUCACAUUUCGCGUGGGUACAUGUCAGACAGCAGGAAGGAGAAUAAUUCGUACUACAAAUAUGUUCAAUCGAUAUUACCCUUUGGGAUGAUGGCUCAUCGGGAAAAUGCUAGUCACGAUGGGGAUUCAGAAGAUGGAAGAAAGGGACGUCUAUCGGAGAGGAAUGGCUAA